AUAAAUAAAGAUAGCCCCCCACAACUUGUUAUUAUUCACUGCAUACUUCUGCAAAGUGCGAGACGCGUCACGCUAAUGAUAAGUCUAUUGUCUGUUGUACCGUGGUUCUUGUUGACACAGCUCGUAUCGCUGUUGGAUUAGUUGGCGUUUUUGAGAAGCUCUAGGUCCACAUCUAAAACCGGCACUGAAUGGAGGCCAAGACUUUUGUUGUUUGCUUGCUGGCUCUGUACUUUGUGUGUUUGGUGUCUGCCAAAGGUGGACGCCGUGAAGGACACAAGAAGUUGAGACCAUCAAGAAGUAUCUACAGAAGACCUGGUCAGUUUCGUCUGUCCAGUUCGUCCCAGAAAACUUCGUUCACCGAAGAGGAGAAGAGUAAACUUUUGAACCUUCACAAUGCUUAUAGAAGUAUGGUGAUUCCACAAGCAGCGAAUAUGAGAGAACUGAUAUGGGACAAAGACCUCGAAGAGUUUGCCAAGGACCAUGUUCAGAACUGUACAGGGGCACACAGUCAUAGGUCGAUGGUGAAAAGGUGGAAACCAAAUGAACCAAACUCUUGGAAGGAAUGGAGCUAUAUGGGAGAAGUUCUCUACUACAGAUACAGUCAUUGGUACAGUAUUGAAGAAGCUAUGUGGAUGUGGUGGUCAGAAGGUAAAGAUUACGACAUUACAACCAACACUUGUGUCAAGGGAAAAGAAUGUGGACAUUACCUAGUUAUGACAACUGCUGCCAACUCCAGAGUAGGCUGCUCCAUUAAUGUUUGUCAAAAAUUCAGUGUAAGCAAAUACCCAACUCCAGCUACAUUCAUGGCCUGUGUCUAUGAUGCUCCGUACUUCCACACUGACAGGCCGUACAAAGUAGGAGACGUCUGCUCGGAAUGCACCAGACAAAAACAAGGUUAUCACUUCCAGUAUUGUCGUCACCAACUCUGCAUUGGACCAGAACAAAGAUUUAGGAAAGUGGGUUUUAGCGGCAACACAUCAGUAACAGGAAUAUAAAAGUUGAAGCUGGUCAAGCUACUGGACUAAAUACUGUCUUACACUUAAAUAUAAUCAAAAUGUUUUUGUAAACAACUUGUUCAUAAUGUCUAUGCGAUAUUUUUUUUUUAUUGUACGUGUGAAGGAGCAUCACAAUUAUCUUCUCUUGAAAGUUAUAUUGAUAAUCUUCAAUGUUACAACAUGUAUUUUACUUUCUUGUUUUAAAUCUUUAAAACUAUUCUUGUAUAACAAUCUAGACUUUUGUUUAUCAACAAUCUAGACUUUAUUAAUCAACAAUCUAGACAUUUGUUUAUCAACAAUCUAGACUUUAUUAACCAACGAUCAAGACAUUUGUUUAUCUUGGACUGCAACGUAAACAUUCCUAUUCUAUAUACACCGAUGUCUAGAUUCAAUUUCUUCAUCGUCCUACUGUAGUACACGUGGACUGCCCAUUCCUUAUUGCAGGGUCCGACAACUUGCGCCCACAUGUAAGUGGACAAGUUUCAACAUUGAGUCACAGUAGCAGAAUUUAACUGGGAGGACUGCAAAGCAACAAUUAUCCGUUGCUGAGGAAUUUAGCGACGCUAAUUCUUCUUACAUUUGCCAGCUAAUACAUUUAUGUUCACUUUAAUGAACUUACUUAAGAAUAGGCUGUGCUAGAGGAGCUCCGUGAAGCAUAAGCAUUGAAAAAUGUACAGUGGCAACAUAUGGCUUUGUAGAUAUGACGUUAGUACCAUGUAAAUAAAAUAAAGCCAAAAAAAUACAUGACAUUUAAAUAUUAUUAUCUACUUGUGAUAGUUUCGAUCAAAAAGAAGAUAGUUGUUAUGCAUGUAUUUGUUCCUAAUGCAGAAUUCACAGAUAAUUUUUAAUUUUUUUUUACCAAAUUAAUGGUUGUACUUUCCCGUAAAAGUCCUUUUAAAAACAUUCAAAGACAUGCAUGCACUGUUUGACUUAUCUACUGAGUAAACUACAUUGAGAAUGAUUAGAGUCAAGCGUAUAACGUGUCCAAUUUUUUUAUCAAAGUUUCAUUUGGAUCCCCAUGAGGUUUUUAAGGAAAUUGUGUGACCCACCAUUUCAAAAAAAUUGCCGACCCCUGCUAUAAAUAGAUGCAUGUAAAACGUCUACCAGUAAAAUUAAAAAUCACUAUUCACAUAUUCUCUGGAUGUGGCAAAAUAUGUAGGUCGCCGCUGGGUCUACGUAUCCAUCUGAAAUACUACACUCCUCAUUAAUCUUCGUACUCCAAGACAUCCCUUAUUAAUAAUCAUAAAUGUGUCAUUCCUGUUUUUUUUGUUGUAGUUAACAAAUCUUGUAUAGGGCCUACAUUGCUAUUCAAUAAUAUCAGUAAAAAAAUUAUAGAAAAUUGAA